AUGGCGAGGGGCGAGAACAGCGAGUCGCACGGCAGCGGCAACGUGCCCGCGUCCUCCCCCGCGGCGUCCGCGGCGAAGCAGGCCCCGGCGGCGGCGCGCGGCGCGGAGGGGCAGUCGGUGGUGCGGCGGCUGCAGUCGGAGCUGAUGGCGCUCAUGAUGGGCGGGGACCCCGGCGUGUCGGCCUUCCCCGAGGGCGACAACAUCUUCCAGUGGAUCGGCACCAUCGACGGCUCCGCCGCCACCGUCUACGAGGGCACCUCCUACCGCCUCGGCCUCGCCUUCCCCAGCGACUACCCCUACAAGCCCCCCAAGGUGCGGUUCGAGACGCCCUGCUUCCACCCCAACGUCGACACCCACGGCAACAUCUGCCUCGACAUCCUCCAGGACAAGUGGUCCUCCGCAUACGACGUCCGCACCAUCCUCCUCUCCAUCCAGAGCCUGCUCGGAGAGCCCAACAACGACUCCCCGCUCAACACGCAGGCGGCCGCGCUAUGGGCCAAUCAAGAAGAAUUCAGGAAGAUGGUGGAGAAGCUCUACAAGGCCGUCUAGAAGAAGAGGAAGGCGAGCGAUCUAUCUGAUUGGAGGCGGCGGCGGCUCCGCAAUUCUGGUGUUCGAUACAUUGCCAACUGCUGGAAACUUGGACAUGUUAUUAUAGCUUUGAUAGAUUGUCAACUGUUCAAUAUACUGUUCGCUGUUUCAGUUUCGCAAAGCUGUUGUUUCAGUCUGCCUUUACUGAAUUCGUGUAACGAGGAAUUCAACUUCGAGAUGAUUCAAAUCAAAAGAA